AUGCGAGCAGUGCAAUCUGCGAAAAACCAUCUGGAUACCCUGGUAAACGAAGGCCGACUGAUUAAGGAACCCGGCAAGGCGCGCGGAUAUCAACUACCCACAAAAAUUCGUGCAAACACACUGGCUCCAGUCGUCGGAAGCGUGCCGGCUGGACCGUUCAACAUUGCAGUGCAGGAUAUCGAAGGAUAUAUCCCGGUCCAAACAUCUUCGGAUGAGAACGCUCUGUUCGCACUUCGGGUCAAAGGAGACAGCAUGGUCGACGCAGGAAUUCUGCAUGGAGACAUCGUGCUGGUUCGACAUCAAACAGAUAUUCACCCGGGCGACAUCGUAGUUGCGAUGGUUGACGAUGAGGCAACCAUUAAAGAGUUCCGGCGCGCAGGAGAAAAAAUUCAACUGCACCCUCGAAACGACGGUUAUCCGGUAAUUUCACUACAUCCCGAAAAUCUGGUAAUUCUUGGAAAGGUGAUCGAAGUGCGACGUUAUCUGGAAGGAGUCUAUCUGAUCGGUAAGGAAAUCAAUGGCUGA